AUGUGCCAGCAUUUUUCUCCACAAGACUGUGGGCGGAGGAGAGGCGAGGCGUGCUGGUGGACCAUCCAUCCAGCAUCAAAGCAACGGUCAGAGGGAGAGAAGGUUAGGGUUGGGGAUGAUCUCAUCCUGGUCAGCGUCUCCUCUGAAAGAUAUCUGCAUCUGUCCUAUGGUAAUGGCAGUCUCCAUGUAGAUGCAGCCUUCCAGCAGACACUGUGGAGUGUGGCUCCAAUCUGUUCUGGCAGUGAAGUAGCACAAGGUUUCCUAAUAGGAGGGGACGUCCUGCGGCUCCUUCACGGUCACAUGGAUGAGUGUCUAACUGUUCCAUCUGGGGAGCAUGGAGACGAGCAGAGAAGGUACUGUAAAUCUGAAAUCGGACCAGUCAGGCUGAUAAAAAAGGUGCGUUUCCUUCUCGGGGGGCGUCAUGGGGAGUUUAAGUUCCUCCCUCCUCCAGGCUACGCCCCUUGUUAUGAGGCGGUGUUGCCCAGGGAGAAGUUGAAGCUGGAGCCUAGUCAGGACCAGACUGCAGCCAGAGACCUACUGGGACCUACCAUCACCCUGAGCCAGGCAGCAUUCACCCCGACACCUGUGGACACCAGCCAGAUUAUGCUGCCACCUCACUUGGAGAGGAUCAGGGAGAAGCUUGCCGAAAACAUUCAUGAACUGUGGGUGAUGAACAAGAUAGAACUUGGCUGGACCUACGGUGCAGUGCGAGAUGAUAACAAGCGGCAACACCCCUGUCUGGUGGAGUUCUCCAAGCUUCCUGAACAAGAGCGAAGCUACAACUUACAGAUGUCUCUAGAGACUCUCAAAACUCUCCUGGCCUUAGGUUGCCAUGUUGGCCUAGCAGAUGAACAUGCUGUAGAGAAAGUCAAGAGCAUGAAACUGUCACCAACCUAUGAGUUGUCCAGUGGCUAUAAACCUGCUCCGUUGGACCUCAGUCACAUCAAACUGACCUCCACCCAAGAAGCCAUGGUGGACAAACUGGCUGAGAAUGCACACAACGUCUGGGCAAGAGACCGCAUCCGCCAGGGCUGGACCUAUGGCAUCCAACAGGAUGUGAAGAAUCGAAGAAACCCUCGUCUGGUCCCCUACAUUCUUCUGGAUGAGAGAACCAAGAAGUCCAACAAGGAUAGUCUCAGGGAGGCUGUCAGGACUCUGCUAGGAUAUGGAUACAACCUGGAAGCUCCUGACCAGGACCAUGCAGCUCAAUCUGACCUCAGCAACAUGUCUGAUGAGAGAUUCCGUAUUUUCAGAGCAGAGAAAACCUACUGUGUUAAUGCAGGGAAGUGGUACUUUGAGCUAGAGGUUUUAUUCCAGUGUGCAGUCUAGGUGUGUGUCAGGUGGGGAGGAUGAACUUUGGUAAGGACGUUAGCACUCUAAAGUACUUCACCAUCUGCGGCCUGCAGGAAGGAUACGAACCAUUCGCUGUCAACAUGAACCGGGAUGUCACCAUGUGGCUCAGCAAGAGGCUACCUCAGUUUGUACCUGUCCCAACCAACCACCAACACAUAGAGGUGACAAGGAUAGAUGGAACAGUGGAGUCGUGUCCAUGCCUAAGGGUCACCCAGAGGUCAUUUGGCUCACAGAACAGUUAUACUGACAUUACCUUCUACAGACUGAGCAUGCCCAUAGAGUGUGCAGAAUCCUUCUCCAGAUCCCCACUUAAUGAGAGCCUCUUCUCCCCAAAGAGGUAUAAAGCGCAGUAACUGUUACAUGGUGUGGGCUGGAGAGAGCAGUAGUCCUGGUCAGGGGAGGAACAACAACGGCUUAGAAAUUGGCUGUCUGGUUGACACAACAAAUGGACUGCUGACCUUCACAGCCAACGGCAAAGAACUCAGCACAUACUACCAGGUGGAGCCUAGUACAAAGCUUUUCCCAGCAGUGUUUGCCAAGGCUACCAGCCCCAAUGUCUUCCAGUUCGAACUGGGGCGUAUUAAGCAGUGGCAUGCUGAAGGAAGAGGAAGAUGAUACCAUCCACAUGGGGAAUGCCAUCAUGACUUUCUAUGCUGCUCUCAUUGACCUGCUGGGCCGCUGUGCCCCAGAGAUGCACUUGAUCCAUGCUGGUAAAGGUGAAGCGAUCCGUAUCAGAGCCAUUCUGAGGUCUUUGAUUCCUAUUGAAGACCUGGUGGGAGUCAUCAGCAUUUCAUUCUCAAUGCCCAAUCUGGCUAAAGAUGGGUUAGUGGUGGAGCCAGACAUGUCAGCUGGUUUCUGUCCGGACCAUAAAGCAGCCAUGGUCCUGUUCCUGGACCGAGUCUACGGCAUAGAAGACCAAACUUUUUUGUUACACCUGCUGGAGGUCGGCUUCUUACCAGACCUGAGAGCUGCUGCCUCUCUGGACACUGUAACAAUGCCACAUCCAUAGUCAACUGUCUGCAGAUACUGGGACAAAGCCUAGAUGCCAGGACAGUGAUGAAGACUGGUCUAGAGUCAGUAAAGGCAGCACUGCGUUCGUACUUCGACAGUGCAGCAGAAGAUCUGGAGAAGACGCAAGAGAACCUGAAGCUUGGUCAGUUCACCCACAGCAGAGAGCAGCCGCGGGGUGUCACUCAGAUCAUCAACUACACUACAUUUGCCCUGCUGCCGGUCCUCUCCUCCCUGUUUGAACACAUUGGACAGAACCUGUUUGGAGAAGACCUCAUAUUGGAUGAUGUCCAGGUUUCCUGUUACAGAAUCCUCAACAGCCUCUACUUUCUGGGAACCAACAAAAGCAUCUAUGUAGAGAGACAGCGUCCAGCAUUAGGAAAGUGUUUAGCUGCCUUCUCAGCAGCCUUCCCUGUUGCUUUCCUAGAGUGUCACAUCAACAAGUUCAACAGCUUCUCCAUCUACAACAGCAAAGGAGCUAAAAAGAGAGCGGCUCUAGGUCUUCCAGGGCAGGUUGGGGACGUUUGUCCUUUGAUCCCGAACUUAGAGAAGUCUUUGGAGGAGAUAAUGGAAUUGGCAGAGUCUGGCAUGAGAUACACUCAGAUGCCCCAUGUCAUGGAGGUAGUGUUACCGAUGUUGUGCAGCUACAUGUCUCACUGGUGGGAACAUGGACCAGGAAGCAACCCAGACAAAGCUGACAGCUGCUGCACCUCUGUGACCUCUGAACACAUGAACACUCUGCUCGGUAACAUUCUCAAGAUCAUCUACAACAACCUGGGAAUAGAUGAAGGAGCCUGGAUGAAAAGACUAGCUGAAAGAUACAGAGGAUGAAGUUCGAGAGAUCAUCAGAAACAAUCUUCAUUUACAAGGAAAGCUGGAGGACCCAGCUAUUCGUUGGCAAAUGGCUCUGUACAAAGACCUCCCAAACCACUGUGAGGACACUUCUGAUCCAGAAAAGACUGUAGAGCGAGUCCUGGAUAUCGCUCAUGUCCUCUUCCACCUAGACCAGGUUGAACAUCCUCAGCGCAGUAAGAAGGCUGUGUGGCACAAACUGCUGUCCAAACAGAGGAAGAGAGCAGUGGUUGCUUGCUUCAGGAUGGCGCCACUCUAUAACCUACCAAGAAACCAGGUGAACAGGAGCCAUCUGAUGAAGAGGAGGGGGUGAAACACAUUGAUCCACUGCAUCAGCUCAUUCAGCUGUUCAGCAGAACAGCCCUCACAGAGAAGUGUAAACUGGAUGAGGAUAAUCUCUACAUGGCCUAUGCUGACAUCAUGGCUAAGAGUUGCCAUGAUGAAGAAGAUGAGGAUGGAGAGGAAGUGAAGAGUUUUGAAGAGAAAGAGAUGGAGAAGCAGAAGCUGUUGUAUCAACAGGCUCGAUUACAUGACCGUGGAGCUGCUGAGAUGGUGCUUCAAACCAUCAGCGCUUGCAAAGUGUUCUGGAUCUAAAUGCAUUUGAGAGGCAGAACAAAGCAGAAGGACUUGGAAUGGUGACAGAGGAGGGAUCAGGUGAGAAGGUCAUGCAGGAUGAUGAGUUCACCUGUGACCUUUUCCGCUUCCUGCAGCUGCUCUGUGAGGGACACAACUCAGACUUCCAGAACUACUUGAGGACGCAAACAGGGAACAAUACAACCGUUAACAUCAUUAUCUCUACUGUUGACUAUCUUCUCAGAGUACAGGAGUCUAUCAGUGAUUUCUACUGGUAUUAUUCUGGGAAAGAUGUUAUUGAUGAGCAGGGCCAGAGGAAUUUCUCCAAAGCAAUAAAUGUUGCCAAGCAGGUUUUCAAUACACUCACAGAGUACAUCCAGGGUCCAUGUACUGGCAACCAGCAGAGUUUGGCCCAUAGUCGAUUGUGGGACGCUGUGGUGGGGUUUCUACAUGUCUUCGCUCAUAUGCAAAUGAAAUUAUCUCAGGACUCCAGUCAGAUUGAGUUACUGAAGGAAUUGAUGGAUCUGCAGAAGGAUAUGGUGGUCAUGCUGCUUUCUAUGCUAGAGGGUAAUGUGGUGAAUGGGACCAUUGGGAAGCAGAUGGUGGACAUGCUAGUGGAGUCCUCCAACAACGUUGAGAUGAUCCUCAAGUUCUUUGACAUGUUCCUCAAACUGAAAGACCUGACCUCCUCAGACGCCUUUAAGGAGUAUGACCCUGACGGAAAAGGUGUCAUCUCCAAGAGAGACUUCCAUAAGGCCAUGGAGAGCCACAAACACUACACCCAGUCUGAGACAGAGUUCCUGCUCUCCUGUGCUGAGACUGAUGAGAAUGAACUCCUGGACUAUGAGGAAUUUGUGGAGCGUUUUCAUGAGCCAGCCAAGGACAUUGGCUUUAAUGUGGCGGUUUUGCUGACCAACCUGUCGGAGCACAUGCCUCAUGACACCCGGCUGCAGACCUUCCUGGAGCUCGCAGAGAGUGUCCUCAACUACUUCCAACCCUAUCUGGGCCGUAUAGAGAUUAUGGGCAGCGCCAAGCGCAUUGAGAGGGUCUACUUUGAGAUCAGCGAGUCCAGUCGAACACAGUGGGAGAAACCUCAGGUCAAAGAAUCCAAGCGUCAGUUCAUCUUUGAUGUGGUGAAUGAGGGAGGGGAGAAGGAAAAGAUGGAGCUGUUUGUGAAUUUCUGCGAGGACACCAUCUUUGAAAUGCAGCUGGCGGCUAAGAUGUCUGAUGCUGGUGAGCGAUCAGCAGUCAAAGAGGAGAGUGAGCGGGAGAAGCCAGACGAGGAAAGCGCUGAGAUGGGCUUCUUCUCUGUCACCACUGUCCGCAUGGCACUGUUAGCGCUGCAAUACAAUGUCAUGCUGCUCAUAAAGGUCCUGUCCAUGAAGAGUUUGAAGAAGCAGAUGAAGAAGAUAAAGAACAUGACAGUGAAGGACAUGGUGACCACCCUAGUGUCCUUCUACUGGUCAGUAUUGCUGGGCCUUCUACACAUGGCAUUCAGUGUUGCCCGAGGAUUUUGCCGAAUAUUCUACAACACUUUCAUGGGAGGCAAUCUGGUGGAGGGGGCCAAGACCAUAAAGGUGUCAGAACUGCUGGCCAACAUGCCUGACCCCACCCAGGAUGAGGUGCGGGGUGAAGGAGAGGACAGAGAGAAAAUACCUUCUGACCGAAGCUCCCCAAAGGAGGACCUGGCUGACCUGGCUGUCAACACCAGUGAGACAGAGCUGCUGUCAGAUAUUUUUGGCCUAGACUUAAGAAGAGAGGGGGGACAGUACAAGAUCACACCACAUAACCCCAACGCCAGCCUGACUGAACUGCUCAACUCCCCGGUUCCUUCGACAACCCCACCCACAGCAACCCCACCUGAGCUCAGACGAACAUAUCAGUCGAAGAGCUUUUCCUCAGAUGAGAAGGAAGCAACAACAGAGACAGAAUGUGAACCGGAGAAAACAUCAGAUGGUGGACAUGUAGAGAAACAAGAGAAACAACAGAAGAAUGACAAGAUGAAGCCAAAAGUGAGAAGGCAUCACACAUCAAAGUCUGAUGAACCUGAUCUACAGGAGUCUGCCUUCUUGAAGAAGAUCAUAGCCUACCAGAGGAAACUACUGAACUACUUUGCCAGGAACUUCUACAACAUGAGGAUGCUGGCGCUGUUUGUUGCCUUUGCAAUCAACUUCAUCCUCCUAUUCUAUAAGGUGCCACUAGUUAUCUUUAAGCGUGAGAAAGAGGUGGCCAGGAAGCUGGAAUUUGAUGGCCUUUACAUCACAGAACAACCAUCUGAGGAUGACAUCAAAGGACAAUGGGACAGACUAGUAAUCAACACACAAUCUUUCCCCAACAACUACUGGGAUAAGUUUGUGAAGAGGAAGGUGAUGGAUAAAUAUGGGGAGUUCUACGGCCACGACCGCAUCAGUGAGCUGCUGGGAAUGGACAAGGCUGCUCUGGACUUUAGCGAUGCUCACAAAAAGAGAAAGCCAAGGAGAGACAGCUCACUGGCUGCUGUGCUAAACUCCAUUGAUGUCAAGUACCAGAUCUGGAAGCUGGGGGUUGUAUUCACAGACAAUUCCUUCCUGUAUUUGGCAUGGUAUAUGACCAUGUCCAUCCUUGGUCACUAUAACAACUUCUUCUUUGCUGCCCAGACUGUUUCCG